AUGGAGGGUGAUAAUCCAAAGCCACAAAAUCAAGGGCACUUUGGCCCCAGAAUCAUCGGAACCCUAGCAGCCUUGGCUGACAAGUAUGGUCCAAUAUUUACCCUAAGGCUUGGCAAGAACCGUGCACUUGUGGUCAGCAACUACGAGGCAGUCAAAGAUUGCUUCACGAAAAACAACAGAGUUUUCGCCACAAGACCAAGGUCAACGCAAGGCAAGUACCUUGGCUACAACCAUGCAGCGUUUGGGUUCUCACCAUAUGGCCCAUAUUGGCGUGACAUGAGAAAAAUGGUCGUGGUUGAAUUGCUCUCUAGCCGUAGGCUUGAGACAUUAAAACAUGUCCAUUCUUCUGAGGUUGAUGCCUUUGUUAAAGGGUUGCAUGCCUUUUGCAAUAGAGAAGGGCAUAAUGGUCUUUGUCCGACCAACGUGGCGAUCAGUGAUUGGAUACAACACCUAACUUUGAAUGUGAUGACUAGAAUGAUUGAUGGGAAGAGGUAUUUUGAUAGUGGUAGAGAGGGAGGAGAAGGAGAGGAACAAAAUAUUGGGAAAAUUGUGAAGGAGUUUAUGGUUGCUGGGAACCCAGUUGCUGCUGAUGUGAUUGGGUUUCCAGAUUGGAUUGAUUUCAAGGGGGAAGUUAAAGAGAUGAAGCGCGCAUUGUGA